UCAGGGGGAGCAAUCAGUGAGUCGACGUGUACUUCCUGUUUCAGAAAUCAAAAUGGGAAAGGAGGAUUUGAAAACACAACAGGAUAUAAUGGAUUCAGGAUCAGACCUAGGGUGGAAGAACAUUGAGGAGAAACCAGUCAAAAUUGACAAAUGGGACACAGCUGCCUUGAAAAAUGCUUUAGAUGAUGGUGCUAAGAAGGUGAUGUUGGACAAGUUUGGGUUUAAGGAGAGCCACAGUUUGAUGGACGGACGACUGUUUAUAUGUACCAUUGCAGUAGGAUUUGCCAUGUUCGCCCUCAUAUGGGACUACUUCAAUCCAUUCCCAGAAUCUCGACCUGUCCUUAUCAUUUGUGUCUUAUCCUAUUUUUUCCUGAUGGGUGUGUUAACAGUGUACACAACAUACAAGGAGAAGGGGAUAUUUCUGGUAGCCCUAGACAAAGACAGGGCAGGAGUCGACCCAGAUAACAGAUGGGAAUUAUCUUCCAUAUUGAAAAAAUACGACGACAAGUACACAUUAAGCAUGAAUUUCAUAGAUGGCACCUCAAGGAAAUCUCGAAGUGGAAAAAUUACAAAGUCAGUAGCCGAAUUUUUUGAUGAGAAUGGAACAUUGUGUAUAGACAGAUAUGAACCGGAAGUACGAAUGUUACAGAAUAGAAUCGCCACAGACAAGAAAGAGUGACUUCAUAUCAAACAUGUUUGACAUGCAUUAUAUAUAACAUCAAGUUUGUGUUCAGGUUAUCUAUAAAACAUUCUUAAGGCAGAUAUUCAGUUUUUGGAAGAAAAAUAAUGUUCUGACAUUGCCAUAUUUGUGUGAAAGUUUGCAGGAUUGUAGAAAUAUUUUGACAGAUCUGUAAAUAUUUUAUUAACAAUUUGAGAUACUAGUAAAAUAAAUUUUUUACAGUUCAGAAUUUUUCAAUGUAGCACUUGCGUUUUAGGGUAUGAAGCAUUGAAGAAAUGGAAAUUAUUUAAAGAUUUCAGUAAAAUGUAUUCCUACUCUUAAAGGCACUGGCCUCCAGAUCGUUCGACAACAACAAAAAAGGAAUUUAUUUAGAUAUCUGGAAAUUAAUGCUAUAUUUCUUAAGAAUAUUUGCAACUUAAUUACUGACAGACUUUAUGUUAUAGAAACACAUGAGAAUUAAUUGUUUUUACUACUUUUUAGCUCACCUGAGCCAAAGGCUCAUGGUGAGCUUUUGUGACCGCUCAAUGUCCGUCGUCCAUCGUCAGUCGUCCGUCAUCAGUCAUCCGUCGUGUGUCCGUCAACAUUUUCUAAAAAAAUCUUCUUCUUGCAAAGCACUUGGCAGAAUUGCACAAACUUCACAGGAAUGAUCCUUGGGUGACCCCCUUUCAAAAUUGUUCAAAGAAUUGAAUUCCAUGCAGAACUCUGGUUGCCAUGGCAACCGAAAGGAAAAAGUUUAAAAAUCUUCGUCCAAAACCACAGGGCCUAGGGAUUUCAUAUCUGGUGUGUAGCAUCAUCUAGUGGUCCUCUACCAAAAUUGUUCAAAUUAUCCCCCUAGGGUCAAAUAUGGCCCCGCCCCAUGGGUCACAUGGUUUAUAUAGACUUAUAUAGGGAAAACUUUGAAAAUUUUCUUGUACAAAACCACACGGCCUAGGGCUUUGAUAUUUGGUAUGUAGCAUCAUCUAGUGGUCCUCAACCAAGAUUGUUCAAAUUAUCCCCCAGGGUCAAAUAUGGCCCCACCCCGGGUGUCCCAAGUUUUACAUAGACUUAUAUAGGGAAAAAAGUUUAAAAAUCUUCUUAUCUGAAACCACAACACUUAGACCUUUGAUAUUUGGUUUGUAGCAUUGUCUUAUGGUCCUCAAUCAAAAGACAUUUGAUAUUUGGUUUGUAGCGUUGUCUUAUGGUCCUCAACCAAAAUUGUUCAAAUUGUACCCCUGGGGUGAAAAGAGGCCCUGCCCUGGGGGUCCCAAGUUUUAUAUAGACUUAUAUAGGAAAAAACUUUAAAAAUCUUCUUGUCUGAAACUGUAAGACCUAGGCUUUUGAUAUUUGACAUGAUGCAUUGUCUAGUAGUCCUCUACCAAAAUUGUUCAAAUUAUGCCCCUGGGGUUAAAGAGGCCCCACCCUGGGGUCACUGAGUUAUAUAGGAAAAAUACUUAAAAAAUCACUUGAACCUAUUUCAUAGACUGUUUAAUUAUAAUUACCUGAUGACCCAAAGUAAUAUGAUGUCACUUGACUGUGACCUUGACCUACUUUCUUGUUUUUAAAGAUACAGCCUUGAAAUUUUGAUGAUAUACACAGUUUUGCACACCAAUCGUAAAACUGAAUUUCAUUGACCAUGAAUGUGACCUACUGACUUUCUUAAUAUUUUAUCAUCAGUUUGACAUUUGAAACAUGUAGCUCAUAUUACUCAGGUGAGCGAUCCAGGGUCAUCAUGACCCUCUUGUUUAUGAUUGUAACACUUUACUCAAGAUAAACUGCCUUGAUUUUAAAUAUCUAUAUUUAACUUGUAAUGAACACUUAAUCCUCCAUAGCGGCAUUGGUAACAACAGCGGAAGUUUAUUUAUUGCAGUGGCAGCUCGGGUUAGAUUCCCAGUCAUUUUUAGCUCAUCUGAUUUUUUUUUUUAAAAAUGAUGAGUUAUUGUCAUCACUUGAUCAGCGUCAGCGUCGGCCUCGGCAUUGCCUGGUUAAGUUUUAUGUUUAGGUCAGCUUUUCUCCUAAACUAUCAAAGGUAUUGCUUUGAAACUUGCAACACUUGUUCACCAUCAAUAGCUGACUCUGUACAGCAAGAAACAUAACUCCAUCCUGCUUUUUGCAAGAAUUAUGGCCCCUUUUGGACUUAGAAAAUAUCAGAUUUCUUGGUUAAGUUUUAUGUUUAGGUCAACUUUUCUCAUAAACUAUCAAAGCUAUUGCUUUGAAACAAGCAACACUUGUUCACCAUCAUAAGCUGACCUUGUACAUCAAGAAACAUAACUCCAUCCUGCUUUUUUCAAGAAUUAUUGCACCUUUUGGACUUAGAAAAUCAGAUUUCUUGGUUGAGUUUUAUGUUUAGGUCAGUUUUUCUCAUAAACUAUCAAAGCUAUUGCUUUAAAACUUGCAACACCUGUUCACCAUCAUAAGCUGACCAUGUACAGCAAGAAACGUAACUCUGUCCUGCUUUUUGCAAGAAUUAUGGCCCCUUUUGGACUUAGAAAAUAUCAGAUUUAUUGGUUAAGUUUUUUGUUUAGGUAAACUUUUCUCCUAAACUAUCAAAGCUGUUGCUUUGAAACUUGCAACAGUUGUUCACCAUCAUAAGCUGACUCUGUACAUCAAGAAACAUAACUCCAUCCUGCUUUUUGCAAGAAUUGUGGCCCUUUUUGGACUUAGAAAAUCGUGAGUAGGACAAUUUUUCUAUUAUACAAAAAAAUCAGAUGAGCGUCAGCACCUGCAAGGCGGUGCUCUUGUUUUUUUUUUCUUGAUUUAGCAUUUUUAGAAUAGUUUUGAAACAAAAAUUCAUAUUUUGUGUUCAUAAUAUUACCAAACUUUAGUUUCUUUCUUCGAAAGAAAGAUCAUUUUUAGCAAAAUCUGGAGGCAGGUGCCUUUAAUAUCUUAAAAGUAAAUGUCUCAACUAUGAAAUUCAGAUAUUUUCAUUCUGGUAAAGAUGUCCUGUAUUAAAUGCAUUAGAAUAUAUUGAGCUUCAUCAAUAUAAAAUAGAACCUGGCAACAUUUACAACCUCUACCACAGAGUAACAGAGGAAUACCCCUACCUGAGAGGAAUAUAGGAGCCAUUUUACGACUGGUUUCAUUUUUCAAUUAUUGCAGUAUGUUUUGAUCUUUUUUAUUGUAUUAAUUUUGCAUUCAUAAUUGGUAAGUGUAAAUGAUGUCUUGUUUUGUUAUUAUGUCAGGUAGUGGUCAUCUUUGUGUUUUUACUGUUGUAUUUUUUGUCCUACAUUCAAAGCUUUAUAUGAAUAAACUUGGUUAGGAUAUUUUACUAAACCUUUUUAUUUUCUUUUUAUGUCCAUUUUGUAUGGUUACGGCAAAAGCCUUUGAGCUUAUGUGAUAUUUAGUAUUAAAAUGAGUUGAGGUAAUUUAACAAUUAUAUUUGAUAAAAUCUACUUGUGAUUGGAAUACUAAAGCAAGGUCUAUCAGCAUUAUUAUUUUAACUUGGUCAUUGUAUUUAAUGAUAGGCAAGUGUUAUGAUCUGUGUGAGAGAAGAGAUAUUAAAAGAUCUGUUUAAAAGAUAAUUUUCCAGCACAAUCUUGUGAAUGGAAGAUACAUAAAAGCAGUUGUAGAGGUACAUUCUUAUAGUAGUGGACCCAUAAUGAAAGUAAUUUCCAUUCAGUUAUGUAUACUCAGUAUGCAAUUUCAGUGUAUUGAGAGUUAUGUGCUAAUACAAAAACUACAUUUACAUUUGAGGAAUGUAGAAAAAGCAUACAUAGACACAGCCAUGCAUAGGCUGAUAGUUAGUUUGUAUCCACUAAAAUAGAACAUUUAUUGACACCAGUCACAAAAAAGUGACCUGUGCAUAUUUAAGUAAAAAAAUACAUUCAGUUUGUUAGAGUUUUACACAUGACAUGGCAAUAUGUAAUAUUACAUGCCCGCUUAGCACAGUAGGGAGAGCAUUGGUCUACGGAUCGCGGGGUCGCGAGUUCGAUCCCCAGGCGGUGCGUAUGUUCUCCGUGACGAUUUGAUAAAAGACAUUUUGUCUGACAUCAUUCGUCCUCCACCUCUGGUAAUUCAUGUGGGGAAGUUUGCAGUUACUUGUGGAGAACAGGUUUGUACUGGUACAGAAUCCAGGAACACUGGUUAGGUUAACUGCCCGCCAUUACAUGACUUAAAUACUGUUGAAAAACGGCAUUAAACCCAAAGCAAACAAACAAAGUAAUAUUACUAAAAUAUUUUCAUUUGUAUAUAGUUUGUCUGUGUCAUUGUCCCUUAGAAGAUGUAUGUAUUUAUGCCUUUCUUCAAAGUAGAGGGUGUGUAUUGCUUUGCUCAUUGAUAAUGGUAGAUCAUUCAGUUUCCUGUCAGUAACUAGAGAAUGCUUGGCCUUACAAUAGUCUUCAGAGGUUGAUGACUUGCAGUCAGUAGAUGACCUUUGUUGUUAUGGGGUCAGUAGGCCAAAGGUCAAAGCUACAGUGACCUCAAGACAGAAAACAGUUUCCACUAAGUAGCUAUAGAAUGCUUUAGCCUACAGUUGUCAAACUUCAUAGGAUGUUUGCCUUUGGCCAUUAGAUGGUCCUGUUGUUUUGGGGGUUAGUAGGUCAAAGGUCAAGGACAUAUCAUUCCCAAGACUGAACACAAUUUCUGCUGUGUAACUACAGACUGCUUUGGCAUAGAGUUAACAAACUUCAUAGGAUGAUUGCCUGUGGGCAGAGGGUGAACCGUAUUUUUAUGGGAGUCAUCAAGACUACAGUGACCUCAAGAAACUGGUUUAAGCUAAAUAAUUUAAGAACACUUUGGCUAACAACCGUAUAGGGUGGUUGCAUGUAGUCAGCAGAUGACCUGUAUUGUUUUUUAGGGCUUUGGUCAAGGCCACAGCAUACAACAAUUAUAUAUCCAUUUUUUCCCAAAAGAAAAUAAUGGAGGGCAUUUGAGUUUUAUAAACAGCUGUUGUUCAUUUAAAUAUGUCAGAAAGACUAAAAAAACAGGUGUCAUACCUGUGCAUAGAACAUAGAUAUUUGUAAGGAGAAUGUACCGGUACAUUUAAUUUUUGCAAAAUAAGAAUGUCACUCGUGGACUUUUUCUAGAAAAAACGAAGAAUAAUUACAUCUUUAUAAUACAUGUGUAACAUAUAAUCACAUCUGGUUCAUUUUGAUUUGUUUUCAUUAAGAUAUACUGAUUUCUGAAGCAACAUGUUUAUGUGAUUGUUUUGGCUCUGAAUCAUGUAUUGUCUAGUCUGCAUUUACAUUGAAUUCACAAAUCAAAUUAUUUUAAUAAAUGUGUAAAACUGUAAAA